CAUAAUGAUUUUGGUUAUCAAUUAUCAAUAAUCACAUAUAGGCUAUACGCUUUCCUUUUCACCUAUGACUAACUUUCCCCCCAUGGUUAGCACUGGUUAGCAUAAGGAGAGCUAGGUUAGCAUUAGCUUGCUGCUGUCUCUGACCUCCAUGACUUCUUCUUGAUCUACCUGUCUGUCAGCACCGAGCCACACGGGGCAGGUGAGGAGGUGUGACGGAGGAGAGCAGUGGGGAUGACGGGACAGGACGAUGUGGACAUACCCGAAUCAGGAGCCAUCUUCACAUUUGGAAAGAGCAGUUUUGCUGACAAUGUGCCUAGUAAGUUCUGGCUGAAGAAUGACCAGCCAGUGCACCUGUCAUGUGGAGGGGAGCACACUGCUCUCAUCACAGAAAAUGGCAGGCUGCUUAUGUUUGGUGGUAAUACUUGUGGCCAACUGGGGCUUGGAUUUAAGCCUGCGAUCACAAAACCUGCCUCUGUAAAAGUCUUAAAAUCUGAGGAGGUGAAGCUCGUAGCUUGUGGGAGAGAUCAUACAAUCAUCUGCACAUCACGGGGUAGUGUAUAUGUUGCUGGCAGUAACCAGGAGGGGCAGCUUGGUUUGGGCCACUGCAACAACACCUCAUCCUUUCACCGGCUGCAGCCUUUCUGUGACCAUGCACCAAUCAAAAUGCUUUCUGCAGGAUGCAACACCUCAGCUGCCUUAACAGAGGAUGGGAGGCUGUUCAUGUGGGGAGACAACGCUGUGGGUCAGAUCGGUUUAGGAGACGAGGAGUUUGCAGCAGAACCCAGAGAGGUGGUUGUCGGGGAGGCGGUGAUGUGGGUCUCCUGUGGGUACCACCACUCAGCACUUGUCACAGUGGAUGGAGAUCUGUAUACGUUUGGAGAGGGUGCAAGUGGAAGGCUUGGUCUCCAGGUGGAGCAGCUGGCCAAUCACAGAGUCCCUCAGCGGGUGCAAGGGAUUUUGGGUCGUGUCACUCAGGUCAGCUGUGGAGGGGAGCACACUGUGGCCCUCACAGAGGAGAACAUGUACACGUUCGGCAGAGGUCAGUAUGGUCAGCUGGGCCACGGGACAUUCUUGUUUGAAGUUGAUUCGCCAAAACCACUGGAGCACUUUUGUAACAGCAGCAUCAAACAUAUCAACUGUGGAGAGAACCACACUGCUGUGAUCACAAACAGCGGGCUUCUCUACACGUUUGGUAAUGGUCGUCAUGGGAAACUCGGUUUAGGGGAAGAAAAUUUCAUCAACCAGUUCAGCCCAACGGUCUGCACACGUUUUCUCAAGUACCAUGUUCAAUUAGUGUCCUGCGGUGGGAACCACAUGCUGGUAUUGGCUGCACCCAGACCACCAGAGAUCCAAGGAGUGGUACCAGAGACCAAUGACACAAACACAGAAAACAUUUUGGAGCCAAGUUAUAAAGAAAUCCUCCUGAUGGACACUUUGAUUGAUCCUGAUUUAAUAGUCCCACUCUCCAGCCUCUCUGCUCGAGCCCGCCACAGAGAAAAAGGAAGCUCUGUGGAGCUGUUUGGGGAGAUGUUUCACAACCUCCCGCGUCUAAAUUCUGGCUUCCUCAACACCUCCUGGCAAACAUCCAGAAAUAUCCCAACCCCUAAAUGGCUCUCGAAGGACUUUACUACCCCUUCAUCAUCCCCAAAACCACAAUCAGAAGUAACACUAAGCCCACCACUCUCCCCCAGAUCUCCAGUGUUAUCCUCAAAGCCGUCAAGCCCACGUUCUCAAUCAUCAAACACCUUUCGGAAUAAAUCCUCUCAUGCUGCUUCCUCUAAGUCUAAAUCCAAAAAGCUGCCUUCUCCCUUACUCUCACCAAAGUCUAUAGCUAAACACAGCCCCCAUGUAUCUCCUAAAAGGACUGCAAGAAAGAGAGUGGCAACCACUAAAAAGGCCUUAACUAAAGAAUCUCCUCUACCACCUAAAGAGCCCUGCAGUCCCAGCAGACCCUUCAGUGAUAUUUCCAUUAAACCUCUCAGUGAGGAAAAGCAUCCUGCCUUGCCACAAACAGAGGGAGACACAACUUCUUUUCAAAGACAACUUGUCAUAGAAGAUAUGGAGGAGGAUAUCUCUGAGAAUGGAGUUGACCCUGAUUUUUUGUCAAACAUGGAAAAUAAGAAAAGCCGAGCUCUUAGGAGAACUACGAAAGAGGCCUUUCAGUUUGAUGAAAAGGCAGGACAUAAUUCUCUCAAGGCCUCACCCACAGAGCUCUUCAAAGGGUCUUUAAAGAAAGAUGCCUCUCCACUGAAGACUGCAAAGAGUCUAAAAUACACAUCCAGAAAAGUCACAUCUAAAGGCAAAGAGAACAUCACAAAGCAGUCCAGUAAAAUCACAGAACAUGGAAACAGACAAGAUCGUGAGGAACCCUCCAAUUUUAAAUCACCAAAACGAUCAGAGUCCAGCCUGAAAACUGAAGCACAGCAGAGACUGACUGAAGUGAAAGAAAAUGUCAGGAGAAAUAGAAAUGUGAAAAAGGUUAUUAAAGUAAGGACUUCUGAGAAAAACUUGAUACGGACAACAAAACUGGAUGAAAAUAAAACAUCAUCAUUGGACAAGACAUCUCCUGUUGUUAUGGUCACUACAGGAAAUGAAACAACCAAUUUAUCUGUCCAAGGUGGAAGUAUGUCAUCUGUAGAAAAAGAUUCAGAAAUCCAGAGUGAAACUGCUGACGUCAAACCUGUCGAUGUGCAGAUGCAAGAGGAGACACCGCGAGUCAAAUCGACUCCAACAAAAGAUUUGCACACAGUUAAAUCUGCAUCUAAAGGCCGAAGUAAAGCACUGAAUGUGAAGCCGCCACCAGUGAAAAAAGAAACCAUAUAUGUUCAGGUUGAUACUAAGAAAUCACAAAGUGUGAAAUCCAAACCUGUGAAAGUAAAAGGAAAGCCGCAAGAGGUCAAAUCCACACCAGUCAAACAUCAAAGCAAAUUUACCGAAAAUACUCCAGUGAAAAGUAAAAGCCAAGGAAAGGUUGUGGAGAAUAAGUUAAGCACACCUCAGAAAGUGAAAAGUAAAAUGAAAAUACCCGACAGCACUGAAGUCAAGGACAAAAAGACGGUGAAAGAACCAAAACUCAAGGUGAAAGCAAAACCAGAGGGAGAGAAAGGAGAUGAAAUCAAAGUUAAAGGAGAAGCAGACAAUGAAGAUAAUACAAGGGCCAAGCCAGUGAGUAAGCAGACUGAAGCCUCCAGCCCGCUGUUAUCGCAGCAGGAUACACCUAUUGAAGUGCUGUGUAACCCUGUUUCCUCUCAAAGCGCUCAGAGAACAGAGGUGGCUUCCGUCGGUGGUGCCAAAUCCCCGCAAGGCCUCAAAGCUGGUGAUAGAGAUCUGUUUGUUUCUGAGAGAGAGGAUACUCAGAGUGAAGACAAGCCAAAGUGGGGGGAGAUCCUCAGUACUGCAGCCUCUCUGAUUCCUGCUGUUGGGAUGGCAGGUGCAGCGAUAGGGCUCCUUAGUGAGGCUGUGACAGGCGUGGGAGGUCACCAGUCUGACAGUAACUCCAUUACCUCUUCAACCCAAAACAAAACACCUGUGCGAGAGAGGCAAUUUACAAAGCAGAGUGCAAUAAUGCAGCCUUCCUUUUCCUCGUCACUUUUUUCUUCAACAGAGGCAUCAAAUGUGCCAGAAGAAAGCCCAGAAAAAGAUGUUAAGGUCAAAAAGAAUGCAAUUCAAGAAGAAGAAAGAAGUGAUUCCGUUCAGUCUGAGCAGCAGGCGUGGGUGAAAAGUGACGGGGAUGAAGACUUUUCAUACAGAGAAGGAGAGAACACCGGCACAGAUGUGGAAACUUCUCAGCAAGAACAUAAAGAGGAGAAAAUCAACAGGGAUCAUGAGGGAGAUGACACUGAAGAUGAGGAAAAGAAAAAAGAGGAAGAGAGUGGGAGCGAUGUGGAAGAUAAAAAAGAAGAAGAAGAAGAAGAGGGAAGUGAAAGUAGCAAUGCCUUAGAGGAGGAGACUGUUUCUGGAGAGGAUGAGGAGGAGCAAGAUAAUGAAGCUGCAGAGGAAGAUGGUGAGGAGGAAACAGGCUCCAGCAGCGAGGAAGAGGAUGAAGGAAGUGAGAAAAGUGAUGUCACAGUGAGUGAGGAGGAGGAGGAAGAAGAAAGCAGCAAGGAAGCAAGUGGAGGAGGGAGUGAGAGUGAAGAAGAGGAUAAAGACGAAGAGGAAGAUAGUGAGGUUAGUGAGGAUGAAGAAGAUGAAGAGUCGGCUAGCAGCAAGAGCAAAGAGUCAGAGGAAGAGGACAGAGAAGGAAGUGACACUGCAGAGUCUGAGGCAGAAGAAGAUCAUGAAGAUACUGAGGUUGAUGCAGAGGAAGAGGAAGAGGAAGAGGAAGAGGGGGAAACUGAUGAACAAAAAGAUUCCACCGAAAGUGAGGAGGAGGAGAAAGAUGAAGAAACAGAUGAGAGUGAAGGGGAGGAAGAUGAGAAACAUGACAAAUCGAGUGUAGACAAUGAGGAGGAGGAAGAGGAAGAUAGUGAGGCUGAUGAAGACGAGGAAGAGCAAGAUGAAAGGGAGCAAGGAGAAGAAGAGGGUGAGGAAGAAGUGUCUUCAAAUGAGGGGGAUGCUGAGGACGAGACUGCAGAGGAGGAAGAAAAAGAGGAGGAAGAGUCUGCAGAGGUGGGAGAUGAAGAGGGUGAAGAGGAUGAAGAAGAGAGUGAAGAGGAAGUGUCAGGAGAGGAAGAAGAGAGUAAAGAGGAGGAGGAAGAAGGGGGUGAGGAGGAGGAAGAGGAGAGUAAAAUGGAAAUAUCAGAGGAGGAAGAAGAGGCUGAGGAGGAGGAAGAAGAGAGUAAAGAGGAGGAGGAGGAAGAGGAGAGUAAAGAGGACGAGGAGGAAGAAGGGGGUGAGGAGGAGGAAGAACAGAGUAAAGAGGAGGAGGAGGAAGAGGAGAGUAAAGAGGACGAGGAGGAAGAAGGGGGUGAGGAGGAGGAAGAGGAGAGUAAUAUGGAAAUGUCAGAGGAGGAAGAAGAGGCUGAGGGGGAGGAAGAAGAGAGUAAAGCGGAAGAAGAGGAGGAGAAGGAAGAGGAAAGUAAAGUAGAAGAUUCAGAGAAGGAGGAAGAAGAGGGUGAAGAGGAGGAGGAAGAUAGUAAAGCGGAAGUGUCAGAGAAGGAAGAAGAAGAGGGUGAGGAGGAGGAAGAAGAGAGUAAAGCGGAAGUGUCAGAAGAGGAAGAAGAGGGUGAGGAGGAGGAAGAAGAGAGUAAAGCAGAAGUGUCAGAAGAGGAAGAAGAGGGUGAGGAGGAGGAAGAAGAGAGUAAAGCAGAAGUGUCAGAAGAGGAGGGCGAGGAAGAAGAAGCAGAGGAGGAGGAAGAAGAGGAAGAGAGUGAAGAGAGUGAUGAGGAGGAAGAGGAGGAGGAAGGAGGUGAGGAAGAAGAAGAGGGAGAAGAGGAAGAGGAGAAUGAAGAGGAAGAAGCUGAAGAGGAAGAAGAGGGAGAAGAGGAGGAGGAGAAAGACAAAAAAGAAGGAAAAGUGGAAGAGGAAGAAGAAGAGGAGGAGGAAGAAGGAGAGGGUGAGGAGGAAGAGGAGGAGGAGGAGGAGGAGGUCAAAUCAAAGAAAGACUCACAGAAGUUGCCUCCUGAGGAAGAAGACAAACAACUGAAGGAAACACCGAAACCAGCUCCGAGGACGAAGCAGAACGCAACAGGAGAGAAGAAACAAGACGAUCCUCAGCAGUUUUGGGACGAUGUUCUGCCUCAGUACCUCGACCUGCAAUGACGGUCAUAUAAAAGUACCAAAUAGUGUUUAACUUUAAGGACUCAGACUGAGACGUGUCCUGCAGCCUAAUAAGUCCUGCUCACUGUGAGUCACCGAAUGUUAGCAGUUAUUACAUUUUUCUUAUUGUCAACAAAAUCCAAUUAAAAGACCAAAACCAACAAUCCAUUGAUCUGUGUCAGUACUUCACGUCCAUUCGUUCCUACAAAAAGCAUACAUUUUUCAAAAAGUUUAAUUUUUCAUUUUCAAAAACUUGACUGAUGCUA